CCUACAGUAGGCCUAGGCUAAUCAAGCGUAGUAAGUGAAAGAAGAAGAAAAAACAAAGUGAAAAUAGAAUGCAGAUCUGCUGGAAAUUAUGCUGAUGAUGGAGAUAUUAUGUUUAUAUGCCUACACGCAACUAAUUCGUUUCCUUGUUGCACCAACAUUAAAAGCACUUGCAGGUGCUGUCAUUUCAAAUAAAUAAAUAAAUAUGGGAGACAAUAUUACAGUUGGCUAGGAGAUGUAGGCCUAUUUGUUGGUUGGUUUGCUCUAUAAACUUCCGUAACUUAAAAUGGACACGCCCCUCGAUCAUGACGUAAGAAAAUAGUCAUAUGGCAAGCGAUCGAGCUCAGUAUCUCGACAGACAAAAAGACAUCAACCAGCCACAGUUGCUUUAUUAUGGGCCAAUCGUUGCAUAUGCAAUAACAUUAUGUUUACAGCAUGCUGGUCUUGUAGUAGUAGCCAAGCAGCUAGGUCUAAGUGUUUGGCUUUCACGCUAGGCCUACUAGAAAUAGCCUGUUACCGGUUAGGUUAGGUUGGUUGUCCGUCUGACAGCUCUUCUUCCUAUGUUUUCUAAACAAGGUGACAAUGGGCACAAGCUGAUUAAUAUGACCAAGUCCAUGGAGUCAGAGGGGAAGACAGAUGACGAGCGAAGCCUCAUCAGGACUUCCGCCGACCAAAGCAUUAAUACCCCAGACUCUGAUCAUGUCACGGGCUUCAAGGAUGCUACUCAUUCAUUCGUCUACGUCUUGUCCUUCUUCUCCGCCCUUGGUGGCUUUCUGUUCGGAUAUGACACUGGAGUGGUGUCUGGGGCCAUGCUCCUGCUCAAGAAAGAGAUGAAUUUGAGUGCACUAUGGCAGGAGUUACUGGUCUCCAGCACGGUGGGCGCUGCGGCGCUAUCUGCUCUGGCUGGCGGGUACUUAAAUGGACUGUACGGGCGACGAGUCUGUAUCUUGCUGGCAAGCUUUAUUUUCACUGUCGGUGGCCUUAUGUUGAGUUUAGGUCCGAACAAAGAGGUUCUACUUCUUGGGAGAUUAAUAGUUGGACUUGGGAUAGUGCCGGUUUAUAUCGCCGAGGUUUCUCCGCCACAUCUCAGGGGACAACUGGUUACCCUCAACACCCUGUUCAUCACUGGUGGCCAAUUUAUUGCCAGUAUUGUUGAUGGAGCUUUCAGCUAUCUGCACCAUGGUGGCUGGAGGUACAUGUUUGGCCUCUCAGUGGUACCAGCUCUGCUGCAGUUCCUCGGCUUCCUCUGCCUCCCUGAGAGUCCACGCUGGCUCCUCCAGAAGGGACUCCUCCAGAAGGCCCGGCAGGAGCUCAGCAAGAUCCGAGGAACUGCACACGUGGAUGAGGAAUAUGAUGCCAUUAAGACCAGCAUUGAAGCCGAGAGGGAUUCUGGAGGAGAUGGUCCAGUGCUCUGUCGUAUCCUGGCCAGUCCCCCAGUGCGACGGGCCCUGCUUGUUGGAUGUGGGCUUCAGAUGUUCCAACAGCUGUCUGGGAUCAACACAGUCAUGUAUUAUAGUGCCACCAUAUUACAGAUGGCAGGUGUGCGGGAUGAUAAAAUGGCCAUUUGGCUAGCAGCGGGCACUGCUGGCACCAAUUUCCUCUUUACUCUGGUGGGGGUGUGGCUUGUGGAAAGGGUUGGGCGCCGGAAAUUGACUCUGGCCAGUAUUGUUGGUACAGCUUUGAGUUUGGCUGUGCUGGCUGUUGGGUUUCUGUUGUCCGCCCAGUUGUCUCCCCCAGUCAAUUUCCAUCCCAUCGGCCCUGUUCUGAACUCCUCCUGCACACAGUACAGUUUCUGUGAGCCCUGCAUGCUUGAUCCAGAUUGUGGUUUCUGCUACCGGGAGAAUGGCACGUCUUUGUUUGACACAUCUUGUGUCUCUGUCAAUCAAGCCAACACCGAGGAGGCCUUAUCGGGCAGGUGUUCCAAUUCCUCUCAGGAAAAUUCUGGGAUAUUCUGGGCUUAUAAUUAUUGCCCUACUCCCUACUCAUGGGUUGUCCUGCUGGGACUUAUUCUGUACUUGGUCUUCUUUGCUCCUGGUAUGGGACCUAUGCCCUGGACUGUCAACUCUGAGAUCUAUCCUCUGUGGGCAAGGAGUACAGGAAAUGCUUGUUCAGCUGGCAUCAACUGGACCUGCAACGUCUUGGUGUCUCUGACAUUCCUGCAUGUGGCAGAGUACCUCACUUACUACGGUGCGUUCUUCCUCUACUCGGGCCUGGCUCUGCUGGGCUUCCUCUUUAUCUUCAGCUGCCUGCCCGAGACUAAAGGCCAGCAGCUGGAGGACAUAGAGGCCCUGUUUACGGAGCAGCUGUGCACCUGUGGGAACUCUGGCGCCUCCCACAGACACUACAUCAGGGUAAACGACGGCAACUAUCAGUCUGAAAAUGAGGUGUCGGAUGAAGAGUUACCCUAAGAAGGUGUGGAGACUGGGUGUCAAUCUUUCGUUUCUGUUUCCGGAGUUAGGGUUGGCCCCAAAUGGAGUUAACCCAAAUGCACUAUGGAUCGCUGAAACGAAAUACCGCUGUUUCAUACAUAACAGUGAGUAAUGCAAACGCACAUUAAUGGACAUGGCACAACUACAUGAAUAAUAACAGUAGUUAUUGAAGCCUUAUUCUGCACUUUACUAAUAGUUUUACCCUUCUUCACACCAUCAUUUAUCUUCAGUUGUCGUAGUGCUACAACAGUUCCCCCUCAUGGAAUGCAUUACUGGGAACAAUACAGUGUAAGUAGCUUUCUUGAAGACAGAAGGCCUCUGUUUCUGUUAGUUUUCUUUCUUUGGUUUGUUGAUUUUUGAAUUUCAAUCAUUUUUGCCUUUUGCAGAACACAUGUUGUCGCUGCUUUUGGAGUAGGCCUACUCUGUGUAAUUUAACUGAUAUGUAUUAUUUUCUGGAUGGCAUUUUGUUGUUUUGGAAGCAGUCCUCUUAAUACACAGCCACAGGGAUCCAAUUGUAUUGUGCAAUGCAGUGUAUGUUGCUAGUUUCUAACAGUGAAAGGCUAUGAUCUGCCAUUUAUCAAAGGGACGGUUUAUUUAUUUGUCUAGAUGAAUGAUUGCAUAUUUGGUUUUAGUUGACCACAUCAUAAAGUCUGUAUAGGAUUUCUCUCGAAAAUGUAUAAGAUAAUGAAUAAUUAUUUCUGUCCAUUAAAUUUUGAUAUUGAGACUGUU